AUGGAUCACGAUAGCCGGCAGCUGUUCAUGGUCACCCCACCCGGAUCAUCGACGCCGCAUUCGCAGCGGCGGAGCCCCUCAUACGCCCGGGGGCGGGCCCCGUCCGUCGUGGGCGGCGACAACCAAGCGACUGUGACACGUCCUGCCGUGGACAACUCGGCGAAAUCUGCCACCCUCACCCAGGAACCAGUCUCUGAGCCACUGUCAUUGCGAGCAUCGCCUGAACCAACACAAACAGAUCAACAGGGGCACUACGUCGGUCCUGCUUCAGGUGUAUCCUUCCUACUCCGGGUGCAGAGACGGGUGUACCAGACCUUGAAGUUCCCACCGUCCUCUUCUAUCUUCACCUUUGGAGAUGCUCCCCUACCAGACUUCGAUGUCUCUUUCUUCGUUCUUCCUCCUAAAGAUGUUACACGGGGGCUUCUCGUCAGAUACUUUGACUUCGCGGUGCCUACUCAUCGGUUCUUGCAUCGUCCCACUGUCGAGGCGUGGUUCGAGGACUUAUACACUUCCACCGGAUGCAUGAGCAACAGAGACGAAGCCCCAGCAAGGACUGCUCUCCUGUUUAUGGUCUUUGCGCAAGCGAGCCUCUAUAUGACCGAGCCUGCUAUUGACUCCCACCACGAGACUAUGGCCGACGUCAGCUCUCGCUAUUUCCUCGCAGCUGAAAAUCAGCUACAAAAGGAACGAGGCCAAGUCCGUCUUGCCAGUGUCCAAGCCCGUCUGGCCCAGUGUUUCUGGUUGCUGUCACAGUCCCGCAUCAACCACUGCUGGACACUGUUUGGGACCACCGCACAUCUCGCAUUGGCCAUCGGGUUGAACCGGGGCAAGAAAACAGAGGCCCAAGGUCGUACAGGCAAGAUUGAGACCGAGUGCCGUCGACGGACCUUCUGGUGCGCCUAUACCUUGGAUAAAUAUCUGGCGGCCGCUCUUGGGAGGCCUCGCACUUUCCACGAGGAGGAUAUCGACCAAGAGCUCCCAUCUUGCAUUGAUGACUCGGACCUUGAGCAAGCCGGGGUCGAGCCUAAGCCUCCUCUUGGUCAGCCUCUAAUGCUUGGCGCGGUGGCACAUAUUAGAUUAUCACGCAUCAACGAUGGCAUCCUCAAGGAUCUAUAUCCCAUUUGGCCACUAUCAACGUCCACAAGGCUGAAGGUUGCCGCCCAAUAUUCCACAAGGCUGCGGAAUUGGUACACAGAAAUGGCGGAAUUUCUCGACUCUAGCAGAAUUAACACCUCUUUGCUUCUUCCCAUCUACCAAAGGCAACGUCACGUCCUAAAUCUCGCAUAUUGGCACGCCACCAUUUUGACACAGCGGCCAUUUCUCCUUAACAAGUUCGGAGCUACACGAAGCAGUGCGAACACAACACAGGUUGAAGAUCGGGUCAAAGACUGCCUUCAAGCGGCGCUAAACAUCUGUGAUCUUGUCGAUGAGCUCAUCAGUGCGAGGAUGAUGUUCAAAGCAUUUUGGUUCACUUCAUAUUAUGCAUUCUGCGCGGCCGUCGUCCUUUACGUGUUUUCUAUUCAGCAAAAGUCAAGCAUACCAGAGGCCUCUGAUCGGCAUCUAUCCGUAGCAAUCAGGUGUCAAGAGCAGAUGUCAAUGAUCGCAGAGGAGCAUUCACUUGCAAGGCGAUAUUGUCUAGUGCUGGACGAGCUACGUAAAGAAGCCAUACGACACUCGGAACAGCCUGGAGACGACCAAAAUAUAGGCUCCGUGGAUAAUACCCACUCGCAAGAGAUUGAGAACUUGGGACCUGAGGACACUGUCCUGGGUGAAGCUGUCGGCCUUGGCCAGCACCCACUUACAUCAGAUGUCAACGACAUGAACGGUUUCGAUGCGAGUCCUGGUAGUUCGCUCUACGAUAUGUCGGGUUGGGGAACCUUUGACUCAAUGGUAAGCUAA